AUGGCAACGUUACAAGGUUUUGAAAUUGGUACAGUUAAUUUGCUUAGCUUCUAUGGACUCAUAUUGCAAACGAUUUCUGUGUUUACAACCGUAAUCUGUCGAUAUUCUCUUGUCAUUUUCCGCCCUUGUAUUUCUUAUUUCCUCUCCAUCCUUAUGGUUUUUGUCAUAUAUACUAAUUUUCUCUUCUUUUCUGGAAUAUUUAUAUCCAUGUUAUUUCUCCAGAUUCUUCUGUAUCUAUCGGAAAAUCCAGAUGAUACGAGAAUUUUGAAUAACAUUCUUGGUCUUGAAGAAAAUCUCUCCAAAGCAGCUGAGAAGUCGUUUCCUCCCAACAUCAUCUACAAUAUUCUAAUAGUUGUUUCCCGCCUUAAAGCUUCCCAAGUUCCUGUACAUGUUUUUCGGUUUGCGAAGAAUUCACUGAAAUUAGAUAAUGAUUUUGUCGACAACGAUAAUAAUGCACCUGUUUCCCGAAAGUUUGUUGCGCGUAGAUCUAAGCAACUGAUUUACGAGUUCGAUGAAUUGCCUGAGGAGUUAAAAACUGAUAUUGAACGUCGUAUUUUGACCAAAAAGGGAGUCAUCAGUAUCUACUUCAAUUUGGCCACUAACAGAGCAGUUAUUCGUACAGUGCUUACCGUUGAUGCUAUUGUCAGUGGUUCAUACUGUCUUGUUGUUGUAAAAAUAGAUGGCGUCGAUGAACAUUUUAAGAUAUAUGCUAGCGAACGAGAGAAAAAGGCUACGAGAUUACCUGACUACUUAGACGACCUAGAACCAUUGGACCCAAAUUCAUGCGUUGUCACCAACGACUUUGUUGGUGGUCGUAAACAGGGUGGCUGGUUCAGCACGUUUUCUACCUUUGUGAAAAGUUCGUUGUGGUAG